AUGUGAAGUAGUUCCUCAUCAGGUUGCUCAUCAGCAACUGCAAAUAACGAUCACUGUAGUGAGUUAUCGGCAGUGACAUCGUCAUCAUCAGUCGCGUCAUCGUUAUCAUCAAUUUGUUCGGAGAAUAUUCAAGUACCAUUGAACGGUUACCAAGAAAGAAUAGUUUACGGUGCAAUCCGUGCUGCUGCUACUUCCUUGUUCACUUCAACUAAUCACCAAACCAUCCAACAUAUCAAAAAUACCUCCGCCAUUACAGGGGUGGUCGAAGAGAUGGCACUAGUAUCACAUCAUACCGGAACAGGAAAUAUAGUUGCUGGACCAGCAUCAAUGUAUGCCGGAGCAGGUGCUGCCGGAGCUGCUGCUGCAGCUGCUGCAUUAGCUAAAGAAUCUAGACAUGGUACCACAUUAAACAGUAAAAGUGUCACAGCAAAAUUGCUACAAAAUUCUUAUCACAGUGGACAUUUACCACAGCCUUCAGUAGCACAUUCAAGUCAAGCAAUUCUGACAGCUGUACAACCAUUUUAUCGUCCACCAAAUAUGGAACAACAUGAUACACAACCAGAUCGUCCAAUUGGUUAUGGCGCUUUUGGUGUUGUCUGGUCGGUAACAGAUCCACGUAGUGGUAAGCGUGUUGCACUGAAGAAAAUGCCAAAUGUUUUCCAGAAUCUUGCAUCAUGCAAACGCGUGUUUAGGGAAAUUCGUAUGUUAUCCAGUUUUAGACACGACAAUGUGUUGUGUAUGAUCGAUAUUAUACAGCCACAGAAUCCUCACUUUUUUCAAGAACUAUAUGUCUUGACAGAAUUGAUGCAAAGCGAUUUGCACAAAAUUAUUGUCUCACCGCAACCACUUACCACUGAUCAUGUAAAAAUAUUCGUUUAUCAAAUUUUGAGAGGAUUGAAAUAUCUACAUUCGGCUAAUAUUUUACAUCGUGACAUUAAACCGGGCAACUUGCUAGUAAAUAGUAAUUGCAUUUUGAAGAUUUGUGAUUUCGGAUUAGCAAGGAUGUGGGAUCCACAUGAACAAUUAGCUAUGACCCAUGAAGUAGUUACACAGUAUUAUCGCUCUCCAGAAUUAUUAAUGGGUGCGCGAACAUAUACGGGGGCUGUAGAUGUAUGGUCAGUGGGUUGUAUAUUCGCGGAAUUAUUAGGAAGACGAAUACUCUUUCAGGCACAUGGACCUAUUGAACAGUUGAAUAUGAUUGUUGAUUUGUUGGGUACACCGAAUGAGGAGGAAAUGAAGACAGCAUGUGAAGGGGCUCGAAAACAUAUCCUUUCUUCACCAUUUCGACAACCAAAUCCACAAAAAAUUAUUCAUUUAACACAGGGGAAUGAUGAUGCAGCCGAUCUACUUACCAGAUUGGUCACAUUUGACCCGGAAAAACGUGUCACAGUAGAUGCAGCAUUAAGCCAUCGUUAUUUGGAUGAGGGUCGAAUGCGUUUUCAUUCGUGUAUGUGUACAUGUUGCUAUACUACACCAUCAAAUGUACGAAUCUUUUCACAAAUUUUAGAUCCUGUGCAUGAGCAUCCAUUCGAUCCGAGAUGGGAGAAGGAGCUUUCACGCAUGUCAAUGUUUGAUCUAAGAGAUCGAAUGUAUAGAUUUGUUACCGAACGUGCGCCACCAUUUGGUGUUGCGCUUACUAUUAAUCCAAAUUCUGCCUCAUACAAAACUUUCACCAGCUCAUCGGUGGCGCAACCAUCCGAAUUUCCUCCCUCACCGAAUGCAUGGGAUCAAUAA